AUGGACGAUAAUAUUGAGAAGCGCCGAAGCCCCCGGCUCAACAAAGCUGAGUCAGGCGAAGUACAAGCCAAUCCCGCCUCGACCGACGCCAUCGUAUAUACUGCCGCCGCCGCCGCCGCCACCGCCAGUACCAACACCACAACCACCGCCAAUUCAUCAGAAUCAGUAAGUUCAACGCUGGAAAUGCAGAUGCAAAUCGCUACGCUUCAAAGACAGCUGGAAGAAUCACAGGUAAGGUUAGGUGAACAAAACCGCCUUUGUCAGAGGUUAGAGACUGCACUGCGCAACUCGGUGCAUCAAGCCAAUUCUGCCCCUAUUAACGCCACCACAACAACAAUACCCAACGUGGCGCAAUCUUUCGCGCCUGCUACAGGUGCUGCAGUACAUAACCUCACAAAUUUACCAGGCACCUCACUUUUACAAAAUUUGCCGGCUAGCGGAAUAACGAAUAACAUCACCCCAUCUACUAUAAACAGUUAUGCGUACACCGCAACGUCAACUCUCGCGAGCAGCGCUGCCAUGCCGCCAGCGCAGCAAGUAACUGAGAACGGUUACGUUUUUUCUUCGCUGCCGACGUCAACUGCAAGCAUCGCCUUCGCGCCAACAUAUGCAAUAAAGGGUCAAGUGCCCGCUAUACCAAGCCAUUCUAGCGUGCCGUAUAUACCGUCGUCGACAAUUUCGCCCCCAGCCUUUAACAAUUUCACUAAUUUUAUGCGUACGCCUAUGCCAGUAAACGAGUCAAAUAACCUUUCAUUCCUAACCAACUCUGCAACAGUGCCGCGAAAGUUGCAAGAUUUACCCGAGUUCCACGGGGAGCCAGAAGACUGGCCAAUCUUUUAUACAGCUUACAUACAGUCGACUUCAGUGUACAACUAUACAAAUCUGGAAAACAAUCAAAGGUUGCAGAAAGCUGUUAAAGGAGAAGCGCGCGAAGUGAUUAAAUCCCUUUUAAUUCACCCCGAUAACGUCGGCGCCGUCCUAGAGCAGCUUCGCUUUCGGUUCGGGCGCCCCAAGCAAUUAAUUCAGAGCCAGUUACGUCAAGCAAGGGAUUUGCCUAAUAUUCCAGAGAAUGCAUUGUCCAAGUUGGUGCCCUUUGCUACUAAGGUGAAAAACUUAGCAACAUUCUUGCAAUCAGUGAAUGGACAACAACACAUUGCUAAUCCUACGCUGCUGGACGAGUUGAUAUCCAAGCUCCCAAUGAGUAAAAAACUGGAGUGGGCCAGAAUCGCCGCCUCGAUACAGCCAUAUCCGACGAUCAUACACUUUAGCGCUUGGGUAAGUGAACUUGCUAACUUAAUAUGUACAGUACAAGACGUCGACAAUAAAGAGCAAAAGCGUCGCGUGGUGCUACACACAGCCGAAAAACAACAGGGUUCAGGUUUUGCAAGUACGGGUCCCUUUAAGUGCCCACUAUGCCAAGGGCAGCAUAAACUGCCAGAUUGCCGCCGUUUCCUAAAUGCUGCAGUUCCUGAUGGAUGGGAUUUAGUGAAAAAACAUCGCGCUUGUUUUUCGUGCCUGAACCUCGGCCAUAUCACGCGCAACUGUCGCCGUAAAAGGUCCUGCUCACAAGAGGGCUGCCAACGCAGACAUCAUGACCUGUUGCACGAAACCGCUGCUACGACUCCGACCUCUAAUGGCCGGAAGGAGGAACGAAGUGAAGUACGAGAAAGUGUGUUGAGCUGCGCUACCGUUGACAACACUAAACCUAAGCUACUCUUUCGCGUGCUCCCUGUAACAUUGUAUGGUGAUAAGAAGCGCGUCGAAACGUACGCCCUGCUUGACGAAGGUUCCUCAAUUACAAUGUUAGACAGCGAACUUGCCAAGCAGUUAGGAGUACGCGGUCGUCAACGCCGCUUAGAUAUACAAUGGUUUGGAGGGAGAGCAGCCCAAGAGUCGUCUGAGGUCUUCAACAUUGAAAUCAGCGGGGCUGGUAAAAACAAGCGCCAUCUUCUGCGUAACGUAUAUGCCGUAGCCAACCUCGAUUUGCCCAUGCAGAGUUUAGGUUGUGAUGAUCUAAAGCGUGGUAACAAAUCGAUUUCCUCUAUUCCCCUCCAGCCAUAUUACGAUGCUGUACCUCAGAUUUUGAUUGGAAUUGACCAUGCACACCUAGGGUUGCCGACUGACAUUCAAAUGGUUAGCGAUCAAGGUCCGUAUGCCUGCAACACUGAACUAGGGUGGGUCGUUUUCGGGCCAACCAAACGAGCGCCGUCAGCCACUUGCUCUUGCUUGCUUGUACGCACCCUAGCAGAAGAAGAAGACAUACAUCAACUUGUGACGGACUAUUUCAAUCUCGAGAGUCUCGGGGUCAGACCUUCACCGCCUGUUCAAAGCCAAGGCGAUAUUAGAGCUAAUCAGUUGCUUGAAGGUACCACUAAGCGAGUGGGAGGUCGUUUUCAAACGGGUCUUUUGUGGAAAGACGACGAUGUACAACUGCCCGAUAAUUACGCUGCAGCUCUACACAGACUUGAGGGCAUCGAGAAAAAGAUGAAACGUGAUUCAACGUUUGCAACAGCGUACAAAGGUGUCAUCGAAGAGUACUUGAAUAAAGGCUACGCUCGAAAACUUUCACGUGAGGAAGCGAGUAUGAGUUCACUUAGGAAGUGGACACGUGCAGUUGCAGUCUGUGCAGAUAUUAGAGAGAUGUUCCACCAAGUAACUAUACAGCCAUCUGAUAGGUGUGCACAGCGUUUUCUUUGGCGUGAUGGCGAGAGCAAUAAGCCGCCUGAGGAGUAUGAAAUGAGAGUGAUGAUCUUUGGUGCCGCGUGCUCGCCCUCCUCGGCGCAAUACGUUAUGAGAUUGAACGCCAGGGAGCACUACGAAAGUCAUCCUCGCGCAAUCGAGGCUAUCUUAGAUAACCAUUAUAUUGAUGAUUUUGUUGAUAGCUUUGAUACGGUGCAAGAAGCCAUAGAUAUCUCAAGACAAGUUCGAGAUAUCCACGGCGAUGGUGGGUUCGAAUUACGCGGAUUCAUAUCGAACUCAAACGAAGUAGUUAAAGAAUUGAAUGGCAGUACGGCAACGAAACAAAUCGCUGCAGGUGAGAGUACAGAUAAGGUGCUUGGGUUAUAUUGGGAGUCGGAAAAUGAUCACUUUAAAUUCAACCUGAAGUUCCACCGUAUUGAGCAGGCAGUAAUCGCAGGCGAGAGGAGCCCUACAAAAAGAGAGCUCCUUAGUAUUAUUAUGUCGACGUUUGAUCCCCUGGGGUUGUUAAGCCAUUUUACCGUCGCGGCCAAAUCUCUUAUGCGUGAAGUCUGGCGUCGUGAAGUCCGCUGGGAUGAGUCCAUACCUACCGACGUGAAUAUAUUAUGGGAACAGUGGCGACAGCAGAUGCGCAAGGUAGCUGACUUUCGCGUGCCGCGAUUAUACUUCUCUCAAGGUGUGCCCCAAGACUUAGAGCUACAUGUGUUUGUUGACGCUAGCGAAGAGGCCUUUGCUGCGGUCGCCUACUGGAGAUCAAGAAGCCCGAACGGCGAAGUAGAAGUUACGAUAGUGUGUGCGAAGACAAAAUGCGCACCGCUCAAAGCUGUUACCAUUCCACGCCUCGAAUUGCAAGCGGCCGUGCUAGGCAUACGUCUUCGAAAGUUGAUAUUGGACAAUCACCAAAUGCGUCCUCAACGAUGCUUAUUAUGGAGCGACUCCAGAACAGUUCUGAAAUGGAUUGGCAGCGAACAUCGACGCUAUAGGCCGUAUGUGGCGCAUCGCGUAGCUGAGAUUCUGAGCGGGAGUAAAGUUCGCGAAUGGAGAUGGGUGCCAACCAAAGAUAAUGUAGCUGACGAUGCGACAAGAAGCCACGGAAGCGUCGAUUUUUCUCAAACAUCUCGCUGGCUACAGGGACCGAAUUUUUUGAGAUACGAUGAGGAUACCUGGCCUACUGAAGAAAACAAUGCCAGAGCCAUUGUAGAAUCGGAUGAAGAACUCCGCCCAAAAUUCGCUUUAAUUGCCACCAAUAACGUCUUAAUCGAUUACGAUCGUUUUUCAAGUUUAAUACGCUUAAAGAGAGCAAUGGCGUGGUUGCUUCGCUUCAUUAAACGCUGUCGUAAAAGGGAGCUAAAAUAUCAUGACUAUGGACUCACUGCAGAAGAUAUUGAUGCUGCCGAGCACCUGUUAUGCCUGCGCGUUCAAUCAGAAGCUUUCGCUUCAGAACUUGACUGCAUCGAACUUGGUCAAGGUGUACCAAAGGAGAGCGCAUUAAAACAACUUUCGCCAUACUUGGAUAACGACGGGUUACUUCGCGUGCGAGGCCGCAUAGAUGCAGCCACCGUCUUGCCGUAUAACGCCAGAAGGCCAAUUAUACUUCCAUACGGACACAUCUUCACGCGAUUGGUCGUUCGUUACCAUCAUUGCCAGAAGAAGCACCAGAAUCACGAGGCGACUUUAAGCAAUAUUCGUCGAAAAUACUGGAUUCCCAGAAUAAGACAGCUCUUACGAAGCGUAAUAGCCGAAUGUUACCUCUGUCGUAUCAGCAAGGCAGAACCUCACGCACCCAUGAUGGGUCCUCUCCCUGAAGUUCGCCUUGAGCCCUACGUACGGCCGUUUACCUAUACGGGGCUCGACUAUUUCGGGCCUAUUUCAAUUACUGUCGGUCGGCGUAAGGAAAAGCGUUGGGUCGCGCUGUUUACGUGCCUCACCGUGCGCGCAAUCCACCUGGAAAUCGCCCACGACUUAUCGACGGACUCGUGCAUAAUAGCCAUGCGCAAUUUCAUGAACAGGAGAGGGGUUCCCGCACGCUUAAGAUCCGACAACGGAAAAAACUUUAUAGGAGCCAACGAAGAAGCGAAACGUUGUUCUGAGGUUUUUGAUACCGAACGUGUGCAAAACGAAUUGUCCACCAAAGGAGUUGAAUGGAUUUUUAACUGCCCCGCCAAUCCGUAUGAAGGGGGUGUUUGGGAAAGGAUGGUACAGUGCGUUAAAAGGGUUCUUCGACAUUCAUUGAAAGAAGUAGCACCGCGUGAGCAUGUCUUGCAAAGCUUCCUUAUAGAAGCAGAAAAUAUAGUUAAUUCACGCCCAUUGACGCACUUACCCAUCUCUCCGGACGAAGAAGAGCCGUUAACACCGAACAAUUUCCUGAUUGGCGUGGGUAAUGCUCCGAACACGCCUACGGUAAAUGCCCCGGAUGAAAGGAUAUUUGGUUUGCGCAAGCAGUGGCGCAUAGCGCGUAGCCUAAGGGAUGCAUUCUGGAAGAGAUGGGUGCUGGAGUAUCUACCAACGCUGACCCGAAGAGUCAAAUGGUGCCAACCAACGUUGCCCCUUAGAGAAGGUUGUGCGGUUUUUAUUUGUGAUCCGAAUGUGCCAAGAAAUAACUGGCGACGAGGUAUUGUAGAGCGCGUACACACUGGCGUGGAUGGUGUGACUCGGCGUGCGGAUGUGCGUACGGUCGGCGGGCUUCUGCAACGGGCGGUGUCUAAACUAGCAGUCCUGGAUUUGGAGAGUGGUGAAGCUGAUCGCUCCACGGGGGAGGGGAUGUUGGCAACCGCUGUUUAA